AUGUCUUCCAGGACUCUAUCUACGAAUCCGGUUCCAAGCCCGGGGGAACAGGCUAGAAGAAAAAGGCUUUUGGACGACCCACUCGUCACCCUGUUGAGCCCUUCUUUGGUGGAGUGCACAUUAUGCACAAAACAGAUUAAACUUUCUUCGAAGAGUGCCUACGACACUCACCACUGGUUUAAUCACCGCUCGAGGUGCUUGAGGAUGAAGAAGAAGAAGCAGAAGCAGAUCGGAUCCCCUUCACGGAGAAUUGGCUCUAGUCCGUUGAAGACGGCCUCGUCCAUCAAGGCAUCUCUCAAAGACCAUGAAGCAGAACCUGAACUCCGAAGGGUGCAAACGCCGCCCCUAGUGGAGUUAUCCGACAGCGAAGAUUCCAGAGGUUCACCCGCAACGGAGACCUCAUACACACCAAAGCUACCGCCGCUUUCUCCCCCGCCCACCAUUUACGUGAUGCCCUCUGAGAAUGUCCUGGAGGAAUAUAUCUACCGCUAUCAUCCGGGAUGCACCCCGCAAACCGAGGCAGUCACAUUGUGUCAAUGGCAGAAAUGGAGUUGGGCGCAGCUUAAGCUACCUCAGUUUGUUCCUCCUCUACAUGGUCACCCCGUCGACAUCGACGUCAACGAAGACCAAUACAGCGACAGCGAUAGUGAAAACCAGAGCUAUGGAAUGUUGCAGUAUUCGCCACGCCCUAGUGGACUUGGCCGCGUUGUUGCGGAUCUUAGAGAUCAGGAGGCCGCCCACGCCCUUUCCAUGCUUUCUCGAUCUCAUUAA